UCCUCCUCCUCCUCCAUGAUGGCCUCCUCUGCUCAGUGAACCUCCUCCUACUCUCUGCGGCUUCUGUUUGCGGGGAUCGGGCUGCUCACCAUGAUGUCCUCUUACUAUCAUCCCACCAAGGAGGCGGACAUGGCGGCCAUGACGGAGCCGCUGUGCCUGGAGAGAGAUGUGUGCAGGGUGAUCGAGCUGCUGGACCGGCUGCAGCGGAGCGGCGAGCUUCCUCCUCCUAAACUGCAGGCGCUGCAGAGAGUCCUGCAGAGUAAAUUCUGUGCUGCUAUCAGAGAGGUUUACGAGCAGCUCUACGACACCCUGGAUAUUGUUGGAGGACCGGAGGUCCGCGCCCAGGCUACAGCAAAGGCCACAGUGGCAGCGUUCGCCGCCAGUGAAGGCCACGCCCACCCCAGAGUGGUGGAGCUGCCGAAGACGGAUGAGGGUCUGGGUUUUAACAUCAUGGGGGGCAAAGAGCAGAACUCGCCUAUCUACAUCUCCAGAGUGAUCCCAGGAGGCGUGGCCGACCGCCAGGGGGGGCUGAAGAGAGGAGACCAGCUGCUGUCCGUCAACGGGGUGAGUGUGGAGGGCGAGCACCAUGAGAAGGCCGUGGAGCUGCUGAAGGCGGCUCAGGGCUCGGUGAAGCUGGUGGUCCGCUACACUCCUAAAGUCCUGGAGGAGAUGGAGGCUCGCUUCGAGAAGAUGAGGAGCGCCCGCAGACGGCAGCAGCACACCAGCUACUCGUCUCUGGAGUCCCGGGGCUGAUCCUCCCCCCUCCUCUCGCUCCUCCCCCUCCUCUCUUUACCUGUGGGAGGUGAGACCGUAGACGAGAAGCAAAAACCAAAGUAGCCUACCAACACGUGUUACCUGAACUUGGUGAUGAAGCCCCACCCCCUCUCUUCCUGUUUCUUAGCGAAUCAGAGCGAGCUGCUUGUUGUCAGACGUGCCUGUGUGUAAUAAUCCUCAGCAUCCUCGUACUAAAGGGCAAAAUACUCUCUGUGUGUGUGAUACCGACUCAGUGUUUCUCUCAUCCUCAUCGUCAUAUGGGUCGCUGCGUCCCUCGGUGGCGUCUGCAGGUUUAACCUCAGCGGUACGGGUGUAACGGCGUUUGAACGUUACCUGAAUGGUCACAGUUAUUGGACUUAACCUCUCUGUCAUUAUUAGAGCACAGGUACACCAAUAAUCUUCCUCUUAGACUGACCAGGAACUGUUGAGGAGCGAGGGUUUACCCCGCCCCCUUUUUGGCUAAAAUAGAGGGAAAAGCCCCCAACAUCCCCAGCUUCACAAACAUUUGGUCCUCUGAUGAUGCCAUCCUUCACAGCUCAUAAAACAUUCCAUCCUUGCCUUUGUGAGCUAAAUAUUAAAUCAGCUUGUUCCUUUAAAGGCAUCUUUCUGACAUGAGGGAGAAAAGCGGUUAAAGAGGCACUGCUAGCCUCUCAGCUAGCCCCCAUUUAUUCAGAUCAGCAUGUAGGGAACCAAAGCCUCAGAGAUGUUGUUGUUGUUGUUGUUGUUAGAAUCAGAGGAAGGACAGAGAGAUGUGAUGUCAGGUCAGCAGUGGAGAUGGACGCUCCGGCUAAAGGCCAGCUGAUGUCUAAACGACCAGAACGCAUCGUUAAUCAGUGACAAUAUUUCGUCUAAAUCAGUCGUUUUUUGGCCAAGCUGAAGCUAAAACCUAAAGGCACCCCCUCUUUAAAACGUGCUGCAGUACCUGAGGUUGUUCUACAGCUGUAGCAAUCAUGAAUGGAGGUAUAAAUCCCCCACACUGAGAAACGCCGCUCUAACUGACCCUUGAACGUGGUCCUGUGCAGUGUCAGGUGAAUUUCUCGCUCCACCAGGGAGGAUGGAGGGAAUUUAGAGUCAGAAACAGUCCCACUCUUCUUCUGGUCCUGUUACGCAGCAAACUGUGACCCCAAAGCUGAGGUACAAGCCGAGCCGUGACCUCUGUGACCUCUGUGACCCGUUACACCCCUACUCAGCGGCGCCUGCAGGAUGGACCCGGUCAAACCUGGCAGCGCCUGCAGGUUAAUCGCCGUUGCUGCUCGUCCGUCAUGUUCCAGCUGGAGGGCUAACCAUUAGCAUCAGGAAGAACUCUACUGACAUCAUGUUAGUGACAUGUUUUUAUUCAUGUGUUUGUAUCGAUCGAUUUAUUGAUUAACUGCAUAUUUAUUCAUGAAAUAAAGUCAAACUGUGCAGGUU